AAGCGAAUAGUUCCACAGAGAAACUCCUAGACUCCAACGCGCUUGUCAACCAGUUCAGGAUACGUUCGCUGCCGAACCUGGUGCGUAGUUUGACCACCUUUCACUUUUGAUGAACCAAAUGAUGUUCUGACGGAAUCGGAGAAAACUGUAUUUUUAUAGAGAAUCGCGAGACCGUUAGCAGUAACAUUAGACAAUGGGUAAAUGCGACCAAAACAACGUGAGCUUCAACAUCUUGAAGACGCUCUUUUCCAGAUUCUUCUUCCUGAUCCACAUCUUCAUGUCUGUGUGGAGGGUGGCUACAGUCAAAGGAGAAGUCUACUGGUAUCUCAUGCUGCUGGUCAUAUUCCUGAUCAUUGACACUGUUUUUACCAUCGCCAAGAGGAAAGGUCAAGAAUUCAAAUGGGCUUCUACUAGUUUCCUAACCUUCUUGAUCGCGGCCGUGCCUCCCAUAUGGUUGUUGGAGUUGCACCGUUUUGAGCGCUAUCAUCAACUGAAAGAUGCCACUAACAGAACCGACGACGAAUCGAAGGCGGAAGGACUCGCGAGCUUGGCCGGGUUUAACAUCCCUCUGUUACUCGAGAGCGAUAUGUGGGUGAAGAUACUACAACAAACGUUCAUCCUCCUCCUCAUCCCCGUCCGUUGGAUCCUACCAAGGGGUAAGAUCACCCGCGACCGUCUCUCACAGAUCCUACUGGUCUAUAUCGCCCUGGGAGCUGACAUCAUCGAGUUGCUAGACGUGUACGACAUACCGGCCGUCAUGGAAGACAAAGCCGUCUUCAUAGCUGUGCUCGCAGUCUGGACUGUUAGUUUGAUUCAGUUUAUAUUUCUGUUGGCGUCGUCAGGCGCCCGUAGAUCGCGGAUGGCGUUUUUCACACCUGAGAAUAAGCAGCACAGCCACAUGCUCCUCAGCCACAGAAAGACCUCCAUCUCCCCGACGAUCGAUGACAAUGAGGAGCGCCGGUGUGAUAAAGUCGAGGUCUCUGCCCUCGUCAUGACCUUGUUCCUCCAGGACAUCCCUUUUUUAGUCGUGAGGCUCUACAUCAUGAUAAGCUUCAAGGAGUUCAGCAACACAUUACUCUUCUUCGUCUCCAAGAAUAUCUUCACGAUUAUACUCCAGUUCUACCGGAUGUGUAUCGUAGGGUGCUGCGAGGAGGAGUCGGAUGAUGAUGACCUUGAUGGUCUAGCUGAUGAGAUGCAGGACAAAAAUCCAGAAAACAAGGCCACGGUCGUACAAGUCCAAGAAGCCAGCCACAACGAGCCCGCAGAAGAACAGGUACAUAGCCUCGAUAUAAAGACACCACCAGGCGCGACUGAGAAGGUGACAAAUGUUUCAGCGGUCAUAUCCGUCGCCGAAGCAAAAGACUCUGCUGUAUAAACUUUAGGCUGUCAUAACUAUAACUCGUGCAAUACUCACCCAUACAACUACACGUUGGUCUCAUUGGCUAACAGUUACUUAUCAAUGGUGGACAGAAAUAUUGUAAAGUUGACAUCUUUUACUUGCCGUGGUUAUUCACAGUUAAUGUACAGAUGAAUGACAUUAUUGCAUCUACUCUGGACACCCCACUAGGUAGGUCUGUUCAUAACAGAUACGUGUAGGAUACGAAAUAUGGGUUAAUGAGACAUAUAGUCCAUUUCACGAAAAAUGGUACUGCUCGCAAAAAAUCCAAAUGGCUUGGACGGGGACAUAGUUGUCAGUAAUUCGUUUCAAAUGGUUCGUUCUUAUUCAUGCUUUGUCCGAUUCUGCCAAUAAGAAAAAUGCAUCGGACUUCAACUGCCUUGAGCAGGACGAGUUCAGUCAGUUUCUCUAACAUUCGUUGAAGAUAAUAUGCUAGUGCUUUGGCAACUUUAAUCACGAGCCAGACCUAUCAAAACUGAGUGCAUGGAGCGAGUCUAUCGCUAUAUUGUGUUUGGUGACAAAGUCAUUUAAACAGCUAAAAUGUCAAAUAUCUCAUCCGUGUUGAUUGAGCGAAAGUUCUAUUUCUCAUACAUAACUUCGAGAAUGCGACGAAACGUUUGAUUUAUUACAAAAUGCAUGUAUAGAAGAUUUUGCUGCCGACAGGACAAAAUAUGAUAACAUAGUCGAACUUGGAUUAGACACCUAUCAAAUAAAUCAUAGCCACACGAGCGAUCUCAUACAAUUUAUGGCUAAAUUUGCAUUGGAAAUCAUGAACAUACCAAGUAAAAUAACUGGCCAACUGUGUCAGACAAUUAUAUGGGACAUAAGCUUCUACCAAUCUCAUCCCCCACGGAAAUGACUCAACUUUUGAAAAAGGUUGACAGCGUUACGCACGAAGUGGACGUUGAUUACGCAUGGCAUCGCAGACCCUGUCAUCGCAUGUGGUGGUCAAGGGUUUAUAUACAUGCAUUAUUAUGCAAAGCAGCUGAUGCCACUGUGUUACCAACCAUGACUUUCAUCCUCUACAUCAGGAUCAAGAUCGAGGUGAGAAUGCUUCAUCUCUCCCACAUUGACCUAGCGUCCGUUCUUUAAAAUAACCUGAGCUGAAAAUUUGCAUCCGAUAUGAUUUAUUCAAAAUGAUUUUAUUUUACAGUGUGUUUACAUAAAACAUUGAAUUGAUUUUGGUAUCAAAUCUACAUUUAACAUAUAAAAUG